AUGUCGGUGAUGUCGGAUGCGAUGGAUAUCGAGUCGUCGUCGGCAUUCUCGCCGUCCGAACCAGUUGUCGACGAGCUUUUUGUUUCAAAGCAUAAUCUCAGCGCCGAAGCAUAUCAAAGUUUUAAAGAAUGCGCAGACACGUUGUUAUCUGGAAAACUUGCACAGCCAGAACAAAUCGCUUUAAUUCAACAGACCCUCCAAAUUUGCGAAAAUGUAAUCUUGAUGUUUGAAGACGAAAAACACCAUCUGAUGAGCGACGUUCUUCUCACUUGGGCGAUGAAACAACAGAAGGUUAGCAUUGCGACUCUUUUCACUCAACAACUGCACUACAAAGAACUCGAUCUAAUCCAUCUACAAUUUGAAUACUUCGGAGAACUUCUUCAACAGACUCUCUCAGGAUUGAAUUACUUGAAGCAAUAUUAUCCAGCUGUUGGAUUCGAAGAAAUUCACACAAAAAUUCGAAAUAUGGCUCACUACUUUUUAUAUUAUUCGAUCAUAGUCAGCCGUCAACCACCAUCAGUUAUUGUGAAAUGCGGAGAAGCCGAAAAUCAUCGACGAAGCCGAUUCUGGUUCAACACGGAAAUUCGAAUUCUCGGCGGCAGCGCAUUUGGAAUUGAUACGCGAGGCAAUGGCGUCAUCGUGAAUUGUUACUUGAUUACUGACGAGACCGCUAAACAAUUGCUUAACAAUGCCUAUUUGGAAAUUUUCGAAAGUGAGGUAUUUGCCAUCGAACCGAACACGUCAACAUUCCAAAAAAAGGAAAGAGGUCUUAAAGCGAAAUUUGACGACAUGAAAGUUGCGAAGAAAGUGCAGCUUCGAAGAGAUUCGGUGGCUACGAAACGCUAUUGUCUAUGCUAUAAUAUUCAAUUGCAAACCAACUGUGGAAUCGAAUUGGUUGGCAAAAAAGUGUCGCUCCCAUUUGCUGUACUUGUGGGACCGAAAGCCGACGUCGAGGCAAAACUAUUUCUAGAGAGGUCAUUCGCGGAUCUUGUUCGUCAUCCUCUUUCCGAUAUUCCUACGCAUACGUCAUGCGCUGAAAUGGCAGAUGCACUAGAAAUGAAGUUUCAAGCCAUCGUCGAAACACCGCAGAAAAACGCUGAUGUUCCGGCGGUUGUUCAACCGAGAAAGUUUAGUAUGCAGACGAAACAACAUCUCGUUAUUCGAAUGAAGCCCAAUGCGAACGGAUUGUUGCCGUUGGAUAAUUUUAUGAAGGUUCCUGUUGCCGAGGAGUACCAACAGAAAAAAGCGAGCUCGUCCGAAGGAGAAUGGAAACUCGUGCCAUUUUACGAUUGGUUUUUCAAAUUGGCGGAAAUCACCAACAAAUAUUUGUACAGCAUGUGGUACGAUGGAUUGAUUUACGGAUUCUGUAGCAAAGAAGAUGCUGAAAAUAUUUUGCGAAGUGUUCCCCGUUCUGUUCUUCUAAUACGAUUUUCUGACAUUGAAUAUGCCAAAAUUAAAAUUUCUGUCAAAAAUCGCAACGGAGAAAUUCGGCAUCAUUGGUAUGAGCACUCGGAUCUGAAUGCGCGCUCGUUAACAACCGAGUUGUUGACGAAUCACAAGUUUGCCGAUAUCGAUCUCAUCUAUCCGGACAUUGAUCUAGAGGUUGCACUUGGCGGCCGCGACAAACCUCGAGCACGUCUUCCGCGCAAUCUCGCACCCGACGAAAUCUACUUUGAUAAUCAAGACGCUGCAACAUAA